UUUUAAAAUAACCCUAUCCAUUCAUGUCCUCGAGAAUAUCAAACAAAGCAGGAGUCAGAGAGACAAAUAAAGGGAUCCCACAACUCUGCCUCUAAGAUUAGAUUACAAUUGCAUAGAAAAGGCAGGAUUCAGAGAGACAAAUAAAGGGAUCCCACAAACUCUGCCUCUAAGAUUAGAUUACAAUUGCAUAGAAAAGGAAGAAGACAAGAGAUCCAGGGUCUGAGUCUGAGAGAAGGUAUGUGAAGAAAAAAGAUAAGAAAAGAAACUCUGAAGAUGAUGUUUGGUGGAAAAAGCAUGGGAGGUGGAGGAGGAGGAGGAGGAAGCAUGUUCAGGGCUGUGAGCAGAGCAGCAGUCACAAGAAGUGUUGCUGGUGGCCCACCAAUGCAAGAACCCCUUUCUUCUUCUAAUUCUAAUUCUUCUGCUACUAACACCACCACUACUGCAACUACUUCAACUUCUAGGCACACCCAAAAACCCAGUUCCUCCAAUAACCUCUCUCUGUCUUCACCCACUUCACCUUUUGCUUCAUACAACCUUCCUCUGUCUGCCAAUUCUGGCAUACCCAGCUGGCCUUCUUCUCCUCAUUUUGAUGACUUUGAUUGGGUGACUGUGGAUAAUGGGAGCAGUGAAGAAGGCGAUGAGAGAAGACAUGGAUUUCUUGAGGAUUUUGUUCUUGGGCCUGUUCCUUCCAGGGAUGAAGUUCAAAACGCUGUCUCUGCCCUUCAACAUCCUUCUUCUCGUGCCCAGUUCAUCAGGGAUAAAUAUGCUUCUGAGUUGGAGAGGGAUGUGUCUGAUCAAAUCACAAGUGCCUCAGCUGGUUUGGUGGACAGAGUGUCCUCAGUUGGGUCAGAGUUAGAUUGGAUGGAGCCUUCUGCGUAUCUAUGUAAUUCAAAGAUGUUGCAAUCUCAUGCUUCUGAGAGAGUUUAUGAUGCUUUCCAUUUAUUGCAGACUGAGUCAUCCGUGCAGAGAAUGGUGAUCUCAUUGUCAUCUGAUAGAGCAGUUUGGGAUGCUGUGAUGAACAAUGAGGUGGUGCGGGAGCUCAGGGAAUCUUUCUAUGCAGCUGAAGACAAUAGCUCCCAGAGUACUGAUGAGGACGCCGAUGAUAAAAAUAAAGCAAUGAACAUUGUGAAGUGGAUCUUCCAAAACACCAUGUCGAAAGUCAUGGAAGUAAUUGAGAAAAUUACAAAGGUCCUGGGUGACUUAAUUCAACCUCCAGGCAGUGAGAAGGCGAAUGCAGGAGCUAGCAAUCGCUUUGAGGAGAAGCUGAGAACAUCGUUCAUGCUCUCCGUUGUGGUCCUCUUGGUUGUGGUGGUUACUCGAAGCCACAAGGCUUGACCCUAAUCCGAUGACAUCACAGAUAGUAUAUCCCCAUUGGAUGGAUGCCUUGCUGUUGAAAUUUUCCACUCCUUUGCACUGUUAUGCAUUUUAUAUUUCAAAUGCUUUGUUAUGAACGUCCAGAGCUGGCAUAUGGGAGUUAGCAGGUUGCCUGCAAUAUGGGGAUUUGUGGCAUAUUUAGCUAUGUUUUGUUGAAUAUGCCGAUGAUUGAUCAGUUAACAUUUUGUUCAUUGCCAAGAAAGUGAGUCGUAGGUUUUGCUUGCA